AUGCGAACCAAAACUCUCGCCAACGCGGUAAGGAACAAGAAGUGGAAGCGUCUAGUCAUCGCCGUCCUGGCCAGCGCGCCAGUGCCGGAGGAGGCGACGGUGACUGACCAGCCGCGCGGCUGGAGCCUGUCGGCGGCGCUGCGGCGUCUGGAAAAGCUGUCGCCGACGCUGAACCGGCUGCUCUCGUGCCGCAGCUCUGUGCUGUUCACCAGCGCCGUGUUUAGCAUCGGCCUGAUGACGUCAGCCGAGUUCAACUUCGUGCUGCCGUACGCCGCCGCCGGGCGGCCGCAGCCGACGUUUGUGCUUGUGCUGGCGGCCGCCGUGGCGCUAGCGUCGCGGUUGCCCGUGCGCGCCUUGCACCGGCCGCUGAUGAUCCGGCUCGGCUUCGUCGGCACCGUGGUACUGGCGUUCUCGGCGCUGACCGUCAGAUGUCUCUGUUACCUGGGCCUGCCGGCCGCCUGGGGGCUGCUUCCGGCCCAGCCGUUGGUGGGGCUGACCGAGACCCUGCUGUGGUGCGCCGUCCACGUGUUCGUCGAUAAGACGGCCCACCACGGUUUGGAGCAGGUCAAGCCCUGGUCAGGAGCGUGCCACGCGCUAGUGAUCGUGUCGCUGACCGGUGACCCCAGGUCAGGAGCGGGCCACGCUCCUGUAAACGUGCUGCUGGCCGGUGACCCUGACCCGGUGAUCUCAGUGCUGCCGCUGCCGCUGCUGCUGGCCGUCGUGACGGCGGCCGCCAAGUUCGGGCCGCUGCAGGUGGUGCACGAGUGGCGGCUGCUCGACUUUGACUGGCCGACGCCGGAGGCGCGCCAGGCGGCGCUCGCCUCGAGCCGCUUCGUGCCCGACUACUGCAUGCUGAGCGACGUCAAGGCGGUGGACGGCGAGGUGUUCGUGACGGUGCCGCGCUGGCGCCAUGGCGUGCCCUCCUCCGUCAACCACGUGGUGCGGCGCGGCAACGCCACCCUGCUGCGGCCGUACCCCAGCUGGGGGAUGAACGAGCCCGGGGACUGCCGCAACGUGCAGUACGCGCACGUCAUCGAGAUCGACCCGCUGCGCAGGAUGUGGAUCGUCGACACGGGCCGGUGGGGCAUGUUCUCGCAGCCGAAUGUUGACUGUCCGGCGAAGCUGGUCAUCUGGGAUAUGGUGAAGGAACGCGAGGUGCGGCGCCACGUGUUCCCCGAGGAGGUGGUGGCCAAGACGUCGUCGCUGCUGCGCGGCGUCGUCCUGGACACGUCGUCGCCGGACCCGGCCGACUGGUUCGCCUACAUCGCUAGCACGGGCAGCGACCGGCUGGUGGUGUACUCGUACCGCGACGACGCGUCGUGGUUCGUCGAGCACGACUCGAUGAAGCUGGACCAGUCGGCGAUCGGCGUGCGCAUCGGCGACCAGGGCUCGGCCUUCCCGACGCCCAUCGACAGCCUGGCGCUGUCGCCGCGCGGCGACGCCGAGCAGCGGCUCUUCUUCGCCGCCGUCUCCAGCUUCCAGUUUUACGUCGUGCGCACGGCGCUGCUGCGCAACCGCACCGAGCUGGAGAUGGCCACGCCGGCCGUGCUCGACCAGGAGAUCCGCAGCAUCGGCUCGCGCAGCUCGCAGUCGGAGGGCAUGACCGUGUCGGAGACGGGCAUCAUGUUCUACGGCGUGCUCAACAACAACGCCAUCAACCAGUGGAACAUCAGCGGGCCGUUCAGCGCGCUCGAUCAAGUGUACAAGGACGACGAGCGGCUGCAGUGGCCCGACUCCUUCGGCUGGGACGGCGGCUUCCUCUACCUGACCAGCAACAAGAUGCACAAGGUGGCCAUGCUCGACCUUGACUCGUCCGACGAGGUGCUGUUCCGGUUGAUGCGCGCGCCCGUCCACAUGGCCGGCUACAUGGGGCCGUACCGGCGCGGGCGGCGGGUGAGCGUGGCCGGCGCCGCGCCCGCCGCCGCCGCCGCGCCGUGGCUCGCCGCGCUCCUCUGCGCCGCGAUCGUCGCCGCGCGCUAGGAGCGCCGCCACUGUCGCCGGACGCCGCACAGAACGUCUGGCGACGCGCCCGACCUGGCCUACUCCAGACUGCCCUGGGAUGACCCGGCCGAGACGGCCAGCCUGACCGGCGGGCCGCGGAACACGGCUGACCUGGACGAGGUCACGGACACCGGCGACGGCG